GAGAGAGAGAGAGAGAGAGAGAGAGAGAGAGAGAGAGACGACACUAGAGCGAGCGAGGUAGACGCUGAGAUAUUUAUAUCCUAAGCGAGUGCUGCGGAAAAGAGAUAAGGCUUGGGAACCAGUCGCGAUCACCUCGCUUACAGUGCAAAAAAAAACGAUUUGACGGAGCAAGAUGAAACAAUUCGCCUCGUUAGUUUUGUUUGGGACUUUGGCUGCGUUGGCCGUGGUUCGUGGCGCCGACGACCAGGAGAUUUCCUACGAGUAUCACCGUUAUGAGGAGCUGGGCAAAGCCUUGGUGUCGGUGUGGCUCCAAUGCCCGUCCAUCACGCGCAUCUACACCAUCGGGGAGAGCUUCGAGGGCCGCGAGCUGCUGGUGCUGGAGAUAUCUGACAACCCCGGGGUGCACGAGCCUGGUGAGCCUGAGUUCAAGUACAUCGGCAACAUGCACGGCAACGAGGCAGUGGGCAGGGAGCUGAUCAUCUACCUGGCCCAGUACCUGUGCAACCAGUACCAGCAGGACAACGAGACCAUCAUCGACCUGGUCCACAACACGCGCAUCCACCUCAUGCCCUCCAUGAACCCUGACGGCUUUGAGAAGGCCGCCUCGCAGUCCGGAGAGAUCAGGGACUGGUUUGUAGGCCGCAGCAACGCCCAGGGCGUGGACCUGAACCGUAACUUCCCCGACCUGGACCGCAUCAUCUACAUCAACGAGAGGGAGGGCGGAGCCAACAACCAUCUGCUGCAGAACAUGAAGAAGGCUGUGGACGAGAACACCAAGCUGGCUCCAGAGACCAAGGCGGUGAUCCACUGGAUCAUGGACAUCCCCUUCGUUCUGUCAGCUAACCUGCAUGGGGGAGACGUGGUGGCCAACUACCCCUACGACGAGACCCGCACCGACUCCGCCCAUGAGUACAGUGCCAGCCCUGACGAUGUGGUGUUCAAGUCCCUGGCCCGGGCCUACUCUAUGUACAACCCGGUCAUGUCGGACCCCCACCGCGCACCCUGCCGCAAGACCGACGACGACACCAGCUUCACCGACGGCAUCACAAACGGCGGGGCCUGGUACAGCGUUCCUGGGGGCAUGCAGGAUUUCAACUACCUGAGCAGCAACUGCUUUGAGAUCACUCUAGAGCUCAGCUGUGAUAAGUUCCCCAGCGAGGACGCGCUCAAGACCUACUGGGAACAGAACCGCAACUCGCUGGUCAGCUAUAUUGAACAGGUGCACCGCGGAGUAAAGGGCUUCGUGCGGGACCUCCAGGGUAACCCCAUUUCCAACGCCUCCAUCUCCGUGGAAGGCAUUAACCAUGACCUCACCACAGCUAACGACGGAGACUACUGGCGUCUGCUGGCCCCCGGGAACUACAAGGUAGCAGCCUCUGCUCCAGGCUACCUGACCGUCAUCAAGAAGGUGGCCGUCGCCUUCAGCCCAGCCACCAGGGUGGACUUUGAGCUUGAGUCCCUGGUGGAGAGGAAGGAGGAGGAGAAGGAGGAGCUGAUGGACUGGUGGAAGAUGAUGUCCGAGACGCUGAACUUCUAAACACCACAACCAGAUCUGGGACCAUUCAUAAAUCAAUGUGAUAUAUUUAAAACAUUACAUGUGCCCCCCCACUGUAAAGAAAAUAUUGUCUUGGAUCGUUUUGGUUCAUUCCGUUCUCUUUUCAAAUCGUUAUGUUUUGGUUGAAUUUAUAAUUGUUUCGUCGUAAAAACUUUGCCUCGCACACUCUCGCCGUAGAUCCGACGGAUGUCCUACCGACACGCACACGCACACUUACACGCACGCACGCAUAAGUUCAUGCACAAGCGUGUUACUCCACAGACACGCGCUCCAGCACACACAGUGACACACGCAAACAAGAACCGGUAAACAGGAAAACACAAGCAUUCAAACACUGACGGACAUGGGAGGAAGUUUCCUGAAGGGGGGGCUUUGUGCGGGCGAGUACAUUGUUAAUUAAUUGUGUGAUUCAUGGUACAUGAUGUGUUCUCAAGGUGUUCCCAACAACACCCUUCACUCUUUAUUUUGCUGGGGACUAAUAUAAGUAUGGAUGUAACAGACAGAGUUGGCUCAACCACCGCUGUCCAAUAAUUGAUGUUUUUUCCUAAAGGUUUCAUUAUUCCAAGCAUUACACGCCCACACACACACACACACAUGGCCAGGCACACACAAAAAGAGAAAACACGAGCAAAUGCACACACACACGCCUGCACAAGCACAAAUACCAAUACCCAAUUCCAAAAUAAUCAGAACCAUAAGAAUCUCUCUUUCUUCCUCAUAAUCUUGCUCUUAUACCUGUGUACUCCAGUGAUUUGUAAAGGAAAUGUUAAGCUCUGGUACUGAGAUUGUCAGUGAGGUUACAACUCAUUAUAAAAUCACUGUUAACAAACGAA